AUGACCACUACCAGCAUGAAGCUCAUUUUGUCUGUCGUCCCCAUCCUAGUUGUAGGGUUUAUACCAGAAUUAAGCACCGGUAAUGACCACGGGCAAUUCGUCUACGCUGGCUUCACCAACAGCAACCUCACCCUAGACGGCGCAGCUAGAAUCACGUCGACCGGCGUAAUCGAGCUGACAAAUGAUACAGCCCGGAUCAAGGGCCAUGCAGUUUACCCGUCUCCACUGCGCUUCCGCCUGUCCCCUGAUGGCAUGGUGCAAUCCUUCUCUACCUCCUUUGUGUUUGGUAUCCUCUCUUCAUUUGGCGACAUAAGGGGCCAUGGCUUUGCCUUCUUCAUUGGCCCAAGCAAUGAUUUCACUGAAGCUUUUCCACUCCAAUUUUUGGGGCUCAUCAACUCCACAAACAAUGGCAGUUCGAUCAACCAAAUCUUUGCCAUUGAGUUUGACACCAUCCUAAAUACCGAGUUUGGGGACAUCGACAACAACCAUGUUGGCAUCGACAUCAACAGCCUCAACUCUCUGAGAUCCCACCCAGCUGGUUUCUACAAUAACGGUAAGAACAGCACGUUCACAAACCUAUCCCUCAUUGGAAGUGGGCCAAUCCAAACUUGGGUAGAGUAUGAUGGAAACACAACACAGAUUAGUGUGACCUUAGCUCCUCUUGGCAUGGAAAAACCUGUGAGGCCACUCCUCUCUUUAACCUUCAACCUCUCGACAGUUCUCAAAGAACAAUCAUACAUUGGCUUCUCGUCUUCGACAGGCUUAUCCACAGGGCAUCACUGUGUGCUUGGAUGGAGUUUUGGCAUGAAUAGUCCUGCUCCAACAAUCGACUCCACCAAACUACCCAAAUUACCUUAUCUUGGCCCAAGACCUCCAUCUAAACUCUUAGAGAUCAUUCUACCAAUUGCGUCUGCAGUUUUGGUAUUAGCUAUUGGCACUAUAGCUGUUAUACUUGUGAGGAGACAUCUUAGAUAUAAGGAGGUACACGAAGAUUGGGAGGUUGAGUAUGGUCCACACCGAUUUGCUUACAAAGAUUUAUAUUUUGCCACCAAAGGAUUUAGUUCCAAGAAUUUGAUAGGGGUAGGUGGGUUUGGAAGGGUGUACAAGGGAGUUCUUUCCACAUCAAAAUCAGAGGUUGCAGUAAAGAGGGUAUCGUACAACUCGAAGCAGGGAAUAAAACAAUUUGUUGCUGAAGUGGUAAGUAUGGGGCAUCUUCAACACAAGAAUGUUGUGAAAUUAUUUGGGUAUUGUAGGCGAAAAGGUGAACUCCUUCUAGUGUAUGAGUAUAUGGAGAAUGGAAGUCUUGACAAGUACUUGUACGGUGAGGAGAGGAGGUCCACCUUAGAUUGGGGACAAAGGUUUAAAAUUAUCAAAGCAAUUGCGUCAGGCUUGCUCUACCUCCAUGAGGAAUGGGACAAAGUGGUCAUCCAUCGCGAUGUCAAGCCAAACAAUGUGCUUCUUGACAAAGAGAUGAAUGGACGACUCGGAGAUUUCGGCCUCGCUAAAUUGUAUGAUCAUGGCACCGACCCACAAACUACACAUGUUGUUGGCACAAUAGGAUACCUAGCCCCAGAGCUAGUACACAGAGGCAAGGCAACUACUCUAACUGAUGUGUUUGCCUUUGGUAUUUUCAUUCUUGAGGUUACCUGUGGAAGAAAGGCAUUGACUGAAGACACCCACAACCACCAGGUCAUGUUGAUCGAUUGGGUGAUUCAGAACUGGAAUAAAGAUUCACUCCUUGAUUCAGUGGAUACCAAACUCCAAGGUAACUAUGAUAUUGAUGAGGCAUUCCUUGCAUUGAAGUUAGGGUUGCUGUGCUCUCAUCCAUUUCCAGAUGCAAGACCGAAGAUGCGGCAAGUUUUGCAGUAUCUCGAGGGUGAUGUGCCACUACCAGAGCUACUACCAGCACACUUCAGCUUUCAUAUGUUGGCCUUAAUGAAGAAUGAAGGACGUUUUGGCUCAUCCAUAGUGUCAUUCUAUAAAUGUUUAAUACUCUUCUCCCUGGCCUUAAGCGUUAUAUCCUCCACCACAGCCACUGUUGAGGACCAGUUCGUCUACUCCGGCUUCUCCAGGAGUAACCUCGACCUCGACGGAGCAGCCACUAUUACACCAGACGGCGUCCUUGAGCUGACAAAUCACACAGUUCACAUUAAAGGCCAUGCAUUCUAUCGAACUCCAUGGCGAUUCCGCAAGUCCCCUGGUGAGGUGGUGCAGUCUUUCUCAGUUACCUUUGUGUUCGGCAUGGUCCCCAUCUACUCUGAUCAAUGUACCGACGGAAUGACUUUCCUGAUCUCUCCGACCAAGGAUUUCUCAGGUGCACAGACCUCCCAAUACUUAGGUCUCCUCAACAAAACAAGUGAUGGUAAAAGUAAUCAUAUAUUUGCAGUGGAGCUUGAUAGUAGCCAAAAUACAGAGUUCAAUGACAUCGAUGACAACCAUAUCGGAAUCAACAUCAAUAGUCUCACCUCAAUUCAAUCAAGACCAGCUGCCUUCUAUGAUGACAACAAUGGUAUGUUGAAAAACUUAUCCAUGGUUAGCCACAAAGAAAUGCAAGUAUGGGUGGACUAUGAUGGAGAUACCACACAGAUCAACGUGACGUUGGCUCCACUAAGAUUACCUAAACCAUCCAGACCACUACUGUCAGCUGCCUACAACCUAUCCACAGUGCUGGAAGAUCCAUCCUACAUCGGUUUCUCAGCAUCAACUGGUCCAAUCAAUUCACUAUAUUGUGUAACCGGCUGGAGCUUGGGCAUAAACCGUCCUGCUCCCUUGAUUGAUAUUACCAAGUUGCCAAAGCUGCCUCAUGUUGGCCCAAAACCUCGGUCCAAGUUGCUUGAGAUUAUCCUACCAAUAGCCACAGCUAUAUUCAUCUUCCUUGUUGGAACAACUGUAAUUCUAUUGGUGCGGAGGAGAAUGAAGUAUGCUGAGAUAAAUGAAGAUUGGGAAGCUGAGUUUGGUCCACACCGAUUUUCAUACAAGGAUUUGUUCAAUGCUACAGAUGGAUUUAACAAUAAGAAUCUACUUGGCCUAGGAGGAUUUGGGAAGGUGUAUAGAGGUCUGCUCUCUGUCACGAAAUCAGAGGUUGCUGUAAAGAGAGUGUCCCACGAGUCAAAGCAGGGAAUAAAGGAGUUUGUUGCUGAGAUUGUCAGUAUUGGACGCCUCCGACAUCGGAAUCUUGUCCAGCUUCUAGGUUAUUGCAGAAGAAAAGGAGAACUCUUAUUGGUAUAUGAAUAUAUGUCAAAUGGAAGUCUUGAUAAGUAUUUACAUUGUGAAGAGGACAAACCCACUCUGAAUUGGACUCAAAGGUUUCAGAUCAUCAAAGGUGUAGCAUCUGGCCUAUUCUAUCUCCAUGAGAGGUGGGAGAAAGUCGUAAUUCAUCGAGAUAUCAAGGCAAGCAACGUGCUCCUUGACAGUGAGAUGAAUGGACGCCUAGGUGACUUUGGUCUUGCAAGAUUGUAUGAUCAUGGCACUGAUCUGCAAACAACACAUGUGGUUGGUACAAUGGGGUAUCUAGCCCCAGAACUGGCCCGCACUGGUAAGGCAACGACUCUGACAGAUGUCUAUGCAUUUGGCAUUUUCAUUCUUGAAGUAACCUGCGGGCAAAGGCCUAUCAAUAGUCAUGCAGAUGAUAGUUCACAGAUCUUAGUUGAUUGGGUUGUCGAGCAUUGGCACAAAGGAUCACUCACAUACACACUUGACAGUAGGUUACAAGGCAACUACAACUCUCAUGAGGUCAGCCUGGCUUUAAAUCUUGGUUUGCUGUGUGCACAUCCAUUUUGCAAUGUAAGGCCUAGUAUGCGUCAAGUCAUACAAUACCUCAAUGGUGAGAUGCCACUCCCAGAGUUGACGCCAACAAACUUAAGUUUCAGCGUGUUGGGCCUGAUGCAAAAUGAAGGUUUUGACCAGUAUUCAUCAUUGCCGUCCGCAGUUGGCAGUAGUUGCAUGACGUCCAGCCUCUCAAGUGGAAGAUGAUAAUAGAUAGAUGUCAUACCCAGGGCCAUAUCAUAUUGUAGUUAGUAGGCCUGAUUAACUUAUGGUAUGGAAUCCACUGAAAUUCUUAUUCCUACUGUCAUAAUAUUUAGCGCAGGGAUUCUGAAAAAGAAAAUAAUCGGUCAAGUCUCUGUUUCUUCCGAGUUCAUGGUUUUUUUUUAAAUAAAUAUAUGCUUCAAUGCAUGGGUUAUGCUAUCAGAUCUUGUAAAUGGUUCUAGAGUCUGUACAUAUCAUUAUGUCAACUGUUGUAAAUAAUCAUAAAAUGUCUGCACAAAGGAUACUCUAAUCUUGAAGACAGCAGUUGACACUUUGACUUU